AUGCCAGAAGCUAUCAUGCCACCCUCCAAGCGGGUGCUGGUGGACGCCACCAACAAUGUCGGUCUCUCGAAGUCUGCCAGCGUGCUUAAGAAGCGGAAGCUCGACAAUGAGGGCCCUGUACAACUUCCUUCUUCACAGGCUGCUCGGAGGAAGAUCGGCUCCACUCAACCCCAGAAGAGUCAAUUCGAGGAGGAGGUCCUGGAAAAGCUCACCCAAGACAUCGGCAAUCUAAAAGAAAACAACUCCGAGAAGGAUCAACAAUGGGAGCGUCCCCCGUUGGGUGAAUUCGACCCAAAAACACAAAACAUCUGCUUCCAACAAAUUGAUGCAGAGGAAUCAACACUGGCAGGCAGGCCUGCGAUUCGGCUUUUCGGUGUCACUGAGGUCGGACAAUCCGUAUGCCUUCACGUCACCGGAUUCCAACAUUACCUCUACAUUGCUGCUCCCGUCGGCUUCACUAAAGAUGACUGUAUCCCAUACAAAGGAUUCUUGGAGACGAAGCUCGGCCAACAGAUGCCUGUCAUCGCAAAUGUUGAGCUCACAAUGCGCGAAAACAUAUACGGAUUCCAAGGGAACCAGAAGAGCUGGUAUAUAAAGAUCACAGUCACCGAACCAAGAAACGCCGCGAGGUUGCGAAGUGCGCUGGAGUCCGGCAGUGGAAGCAUGAACUACAAGGGAAUGUGGAGCAGUGCAGAUGGGAUCCUUACGUUUGACAAUAUCCAAUAUCUCCUACGAUUCAUGAUCGACACUGGGUUGGCCGGAAUGGCUUGGGUCGAAGCAUUGGCUGGAAAGUACCGCCUUCUCCCCAGGAGUGAAGCCUUGUCGACCUGCCAGAUUGAAGCCGCCGUCGACUAUCAUGACAUGAUUGCUCACGCACCCAAUGGAGAAUGGGCGAAAAUGGCGCCCCUCCGCAUUCUUUCCUUCGAUAUCGAGUGUGCUGGUCGAAAGGGCAUCUUUCCGGAGCCCAACAUGGACCCGGUUAUCCAAAUCGCCAACGUUGUGACUCGAUACGGAGAGUCGAAGCCUUUUAUCAGAAACGUUUUCGUCCUCGAUACAUGUAGUUUGAUUGUCAACACGCAACUCCUAGAAUUCCAAAAGGAGGAAAAGAUGCUCGACGCGUGGCAGGAAUUCGUACAGAAGGUCGACCCCGAUGUAAUCAUCGGAUACAACAUUGCAAACUUCGAUUUUCCCUAUCUACUGGAUCGUGCCAAACAUUUGAAGUGCACCAAUUUCCCAUACUGGACCCGACUGAAGGGAAUGAAGACGGAAGCCAAGGAUGCCAACUUCUCCAGUAAGCAGAUGGGCAACCGUGACACGAAGGCAACGAAUACGAAUGGCAGAAUUCAACUCGAUCUACUUCAAUUGGUUCAGAGAGAUCACCAGUUGAGAAGUUACACCCUUAAUUCUGUAUCCUAUGAGUUUUUGAAAGAGCAAAAGGAAGACGUUCAUCACACCAUGAUUACCGAGCUGUUUAACGGAACACCCGAUUCAAGGCGACGUCUGGCAGUCUACUGUUUGAAGGAUGCAUACCUACCACAGCGACUAAUGGACAAAUUGAUGUGUUUGGUGAAUUACACAGAAAUGGCAAGGGUAACGGGUGUUCCCUUCAAUUUCCUUCUGUCUCGAGGACAACAAGUGAAGUUCAUCAGUCAGCUUUUCCGCAAAGCGCGUGAGCAGCAACUUGUUAUCCCCAAUUCAAAGCCCCAAGACGAACAGGACUACGAAGGUGCUACCGUCAUUGAACCAGAACGAGGAUAUUAUGGUGUUCCAGUUGCCACACUUGAUUUCGCAUCCCUGUAUCCAUCGAUUAUUCAAGCACACAACCUCUGUUACACGACCCUGCUUAAUAAGAGUAGUGUUGAGAAAUUGAAAUUUGUGAAAGAUGAGGACUACAUCGUCACCCCCAACGGAGACAUGUUCUGCACAACAAAGGUCCGCAAGGGUCUUUUGUCCCAGAUUCUUGAGGAACUUUUAUCAGCAAGAAAGCGUGCGAAGAAGGAAUUGGCCACCGAGACAGACUCGUUCAAGAAGGCGGUUCUGAACGGUCGUCAGCUGGCUCUGAAAAUCAGUGCUAACAGUGUCUACGGUCUUACUGGUGCCACAGUUGGCAAAUUGCCCUGUCUGCCCAUUGCUAGUAGUACUACAAGUUACGGUCGUCAGAUGAUUGAGAAGACAAAGCAAGAAGUGGAGGCACGCUACACGAUUGCCAACGGAUACUCCCACGAUGCUCAAGUUAUCUAUGGUGAUACUGAUUCCGUCAUGGUCAAAUUCGGUGUCACCGAGCUCGAAGACGCGAUGAAGCUUGGCCAGGAAGCUGCCGACUACGUCUCGUCCAAGUUCAUCAAGCCAAUCAAGCUUGAGUUUGAGAAGGUUUAUUUCCCUUAUCUUUUGAUCAACAAGAAGCGAUAUGCCGGACUAUACUGGACGAGAGCCGACAAGCAUGAUAAGAUGGAUACCAAAGGUAUUGAGACUGUGCGACGUGACAAUUGCUUGAUGGUCCAGAAUGUUAUUGAAACCGUCUUGAACAAGAUCUUGAUUGAUCGAGAUAUCGAUGGAGCUCAAGACUAUGUCAAAGCCACCAUCUCAGACCUCCUCCAAAACAAGAUCGAUAUGUCUAAGCUCGUCAUCACAAAGGCGCUGUCCAAGCGUAAAGAAGACUACGCCGGCAAACAAGCUCACGUCGAACUUGCUGAGCGCAUGCACAAGCGUGAUGCGGGUUCUGCGCCAACCCUUGGUGACCGUGUCGCCUACGUCAUGAUCAAGGGUGCCAGUGACUCAAAAGGCUAUGAACGAGCAGAAGAUCCUAUUUUCGUCCUGGAGAACAAUAUUCCUAUUGACACGAAGUAUUAUCUCGACAACCAACUUGCCAACCCCCUGGGUCGUAUCUUCGAACCCAUACUGGGUGAAAAGAAGGCUGGUCAGCUACUCACUGGCGAGCACACCCGGUCUAUCUCAAAGGCAGCAUCAAGUCUGGGUGGUUUGAUGAAGUUCGCUAAAAAGACACAGACUUGCAUGGGAUGCAAAAAACCGCUUUCUAGCAAGGAAGAGAUGGACGGCGCUGUCUGUGUAAACUGCCGUCCUCGUCUCGGAGAACUCUACACAAAGAGUCUGACCAAGGUAUCCGACCUGGAAGUCCGAUUUGGCCGCCUGUGGACUCAAUGCCAGCGCUGCCAAGGCAGUCUUCACUGUGAGGUCAUCUGCUCGUCCCGUGACUGUCCGAUUUUCUACAUGCGCAUGAAAGCCAAGAAAGAUGUCGAGGAUGCACAGAGUGACCUGUCACGAUUUGACAACGACGCCGGCGCCUGGUAG